AUGGCGCAGUUAUCACCCGUGACGUCAUAGCGUCCUCUGACCUUGGAGGUCGUCUAUAUAUAAAGGUAAUCUGGUCUCUCCUUCCAGUGCCGGAGUUGCCUUCCUCCGCUGUGAACGUCCACUCCUACAAAAUUUUAUCACGAUGCUGAGAGUGCUGCUGCUGUGCCUGGCCGCGGGGUCGACCCUCGCCCAGAACACCAACAGCACCAACCAAGGAAACACUCGUAUCUUCGGUCUGGGAAACCUCCUCUCGGGCUUGACUGGGAACCGACCCAACAGACCCUUCAACGGAGGCUUCAACCAGGGAGGAUUCAACCAGGGAGGCUUCAACCAAGGCUUCAAUCCCGGGUUCAACCAGGGCGGUUUCAACCAGGGCGGCUUCAACCAGGGAGGCUUCGGACAGCUCGGUAACUUCGUCGGUGGACUCGCUGCGGGCAUCCUCGGCCAAUCAGGCUUCCGACCUCCCUUCAACCAAGGAGGCUUCAACCAGUUCAAGCCAGGUCGUUGCCCCGCGGUGCGACCCCAGUGUCCGAACACGAGGUUUGGCAGGCCUCAGGUCUGCUUCAACGACUUCGCCUGCGCGGGUUCGGACAAGUGCUGCUUCGACACCUGUCUCGGCGAACGCGUGUGCAAACCCAUCUCCAAUUUUGGGAAGUGAAUUUCUCAAUUGUUAUCUUUUUUUUUAAAUGUGUGUGCUCGAAAAUACAGUUUUAUGUAUUUAAGAAAAUAUAUAUGUGUAUGAAUAUGUCGUAGUGUGUUUUAUUUUCUCGUUUGUUUUGUUUGUAUGAUUGAUUUUGCGUGCGUGUUUGUGUAGUUUUGGAACUACCGAGUAAAUGAUGUCUGUUUGUAUUUACUAUAAUAAAAAGUUGGC